AUGGGAGCUGGAGCUUUCGUUGAGACGAGUGGAAUAAAACAUUAUGAGGGAAGAGUGACUCCAUAUGUGUUAAUGACAUGUUUUGUAGCUGCAAUGGGAGGUCUUCUUUUCGGUUAUGAUCUUGGUAUUACUGGAGGGGUGACUUCUAUGGAUGAAUUCUUGAUCAAAUUCUUUCCACGGGUGUAUAAGAAAAUGAAGGAUGAAACACAUAAUACAAGUCAAUAUUGCAAGUUUGAUGAUGAAAUUUUAACACUAUUCACAUCUUCCCUAUACCUUGCAGCAUUGAUAGCUUCUUUCUUUGCUUCCGCAAUCACAAGAAUGAUGGGACGCAAGACCUCAAUGUUUCUUGGUGGCUUAUUUUUCCUUAUUGGUGCAAUACUAAAUGGAUUAGCAGCUAAUGUUGAAAUGCUAAUAAUUGGUCGUUUACUUCUAGGAUUUGGUGUGGGAUUUUGCAAUCAGUCGGUACCGGUCUAUUUGUCUGAAAUGGCUCCAGCAAAAAUUAGAGGAGCACUUAACAUUGGCUUCCAAAUGAUGAUUACAAUUGGUAUUCUUGCCGCAAAUCUGAUCAAUUAUGGCACGUCCAAGCAUAAAAAUGGAUGGAGAGUCUCUUUAGGUCUUGGAGCAGUGCCAGCAAUUCUUUUGUGCCUAGGAUCCCUUUUUUUAGGUGAAACACCAAAUUCCUUGAUUGAAAGAGGCAACCAUGAAAAGGCAAAGGCAAUGUUGAAAAGGAUCCGCGGAACUGAAAAUGUUGAUGAAGAAUAUCAAGAUCUUGUUGAUGCUAGUGAAGAAGCUAGUAGGGUGGAACAUCCAUGGAAGAACAUUACUCAACCAGAAUAUAGGCCUCAACUUACUUUCGUCAGUUUCAUUCCAUUCUUCCAACAACUUACCGGCAUUAAUGUUAUCAUGUUUUACGCUCCCGUCCUUUUUAAGAUCUUAGGCUUUGGUGAUGAUGCUUCCCUCAUGUCUUCGGUUAUUAGUGGUGGUGUCAAUGUUGUUGCUACACUUGUUUCUGUAUUCACAGUAGACAAAUUCGGAAGAAGAUUUUUAUUUCUUGAGGGUGGCUUACAAAUGUUUAUUUGUCAGGUUAUUAUUGGAAUCUUAAUUGCAUUAAAGUUUGGAGUGACCGGACAAGGAUCAUUUACCAAAGGCGAAGCCGACCUUCUCUUGUUCUUUAUUUGUGCAUAUGUUGCGGCAUUUGCAUGGUCUUGGGGACCAUUGGGUUGGUUAGUGCCUAGUGAAAUAUGCGCUCUAGAGGUUCGACCAGCAGGUCAAGCUAUAAAUGUUGCGGUGAACAUGUUCUUCACAUUUAUGAUUGCUCAAGUCUUCCUAACCAUGCUUUGUCACUUGAAGUUUGGCCUUUUCUUUUUCUUUGCUGGUUUUGUGGCAAUCAUGACCAUUUUCAUUGCUGUCCUUUUACCUGAGACCAAAAAUGUUCCAAUUGAAGAAAUGAACAGGGUGUGGAAGUCGCAUUGGUUUUGGACAAAGUAUGUACCUGAUCACGUUGUUGGUGGUGGUAAUAACAAAAAGGUUGAUCCUUGA